AUUGGUAAUGGAAACGCCAUACCGUAUGGGUGAGACGUUAAACGGAGCCAUCGGCCUAGAUAUCAAUCAAGAGCAGAAGUUGGUUAGUGAGAAACUUAGCCAGCUUCAAGCAACCGGAGCUUUGCCCGAGACCAUUACACAAGCCAUGAAGGAUUACGGACUUAGAAGCACCUUCAAAGAACCAUUCCCCGGCUGGACCGAGGGCAUCAGGACAAUUGAUAGUCUAGCUGUUGGAUACGGUACAGGCAAGCUCACAUGCUUCCUUGGUGAUCUUAAUGCUAUUUCGGAUGUGAUACCUGCGGAUAUGGUUGUUAAUACAAUGCUAGUAUCAAUGGUUGCUCACGCUGGUGGACAGAAAGAGAUGAUUUAUCAUGUGGGUUCUUCAAUGAAAAAUCCAUUCAAAAAUGAGAAAAUGCCGGAAAUAGCAUACCGGUAUUUCACAACGAAACCAUGGACCACCAAAGAAGGGAAGGUGGUUCGGGUCGGGAAAGUGGAUGUUUUGAGUUCUAUGCCUAGUUUCCAUAGAUACAUGACCAUUCAUUAUCUACUUCCUUUGAAGGGACUUGAGUUACUGAACAUGGUAUUUUGUAAGUCGUUAGAGAAGAAAUUUAGGGAUCUUAGUAAGAAGAUAAAUUUUGUAUUGCGGCUUGUGGAUCUCUAUUAGCCUUACCUCUUUUUCUAUGGAAUGUAAGUGUUAUUUUUUUUCUAAUCUCAAUUUGGCUUUCUCCUUUUGACCUGACCCACUACAGUUACAUAUAUGUAGCAUAUAGAUAUUCGAAUAACUAAAUUACAUAUAC